AUGAAGUAUACCAUCGCCUUCACCUCUGCCCUCAUGGCAAUCCUCAGCCUUGUUGCUGCUGCCCCAGCUCCGGCUGCAGCGGCGACAGUGUCCGUCUCAUACGACCCUAAAUAUGAUGUUGGGACAUCAUCUCUCAACACUGUUUCCUGCUCCGACGGUCCCAAUGGCCUGGUCACUCAAGGCUACAGCGAUUUCGCAUCCUUGCCAGGUUUCCCAAACAUCGGCGGUGCGAUCACCAUCCCGGGCUGGAAUAGCCCUAACUGCGGCAAAUGCUACGCGCUACACUACUCGAACGGCAAGGUCGACAAGACAAUCAACGUCAUUGCUGUCGACGCCGCCCCGCGCGGCUUCAACAUUGGCCUGCAAGCUAUGAACACGCUGACCAACGGUCAGGCGGAGCAACUCGGUCGUGUUGACGCCACUUACGUUGAAGUGGAUGCUAGCGUGUGCGGGCUGUGA